AUGCAGCCUAAUCGGUUAGGACUCGGACUCCGCCCCCCUAUGCCUUCGUAUGGCCAGGGCCCCUCAAUAUCGGCCCUUGCAGCACAACAACAAAUGCACCAUGGCCCGUCCUUCAACUCUCCGCAAUCUAAGCCUACUACGCUCUUCAUUGGGUCAAUAUCAGGCGGGAUAACCGACAGCUUUCUGAAUGAGAUCUUGAAGGCAUGCGGACCCAUCUCGUCGUUCAAGCGACUCAUUACCCCGGCGAACAAGCCUCAAGGGUUUGGUUUUGCGGAGUUCCAAGACCCCGACGGUGCGUUGCGAGCUAUGGCUCUGUUGAACAACGUGGAGCUACCAGCUCUAGAGGACGGUUGUGUGAAUAAAAAGCUUUUGGUCAAGGCGGAUGAACGUACGAAGGUAUUUCUCGACGCGUACGCCGCGCAGAAAAUGCGGACAGAUGCCGACGAUGAAGCCAUGCGGCAGGCCAAAGCCAGGGUCGACGCAAUGGUAGGCGACAUAAACGCGAAGUCGCAGGAAGCGGCGAGCAGUGGGCUCCUGGACCGGGAGAAGUACGUUAUCCCCCCGCAUCUGCACGAUCUGCAGGAGGCCGACCUGCCCGAAACCCAACGCGGUCUCGUCAUGACCGAAAUCGCGCAGUUCCGCGAACGGGCCGCCAAGCGCGAGCGGGAGAAGAUGCGCGACGUACGCGAGCAGAUGCCGACCAUCCUCGCCGCCCCCGCGCCGUCGGGCCCCAAGGUUCGCGAGUGGGGCAAGCCGCAGCUGCAGGGCCAGCCGGAACCGGCGGGCGGCGCGAAGGGCUUCGGGCAGGGUGCGCAAAGCUACAACAAGCCUGUCGGGUUCGUGAGGGCUAUGGACGACGAGAGCACGGUGCCUAACCGUCAAACAUCGGCCCGCCCAGGGAAAACGGACGAGGAGCUCGAGGAGGAACGGAAGGUGGCGAGGCAGCGGGACGAGGAGAACUCUUACAAAGAUCGUGAGCGGCGGUAUGAGCCUCGCGAGCGUGCACGAAUACAGGCUCUGGAGCGGGCUAUCGCUCGGGAACGUGCCAUGAAAGAGGCGGAAGAACGGGACAAGGUCGAGAUGCGAGCCCGGCUCGACGUCUGGGACGACGACGAAAGUGACGAACCGUUUUAUACCGACCGAGCGCGCUGGAGGGGUCUUCGUGCUCGGCGACUGGCGGCGGAGCAGGCGGCGGACGAGGAGUCACGGCUUUACGAGGAGAGGGAGACGGACAACCUCCGGCGCGAGUCGGAGGAGUUCCUCGCGCGGCAGAUGGACGAGAUGCAGGCACUACAGGAGGAGCAGCGCAAAGCGGGGAUGUUGCUUGACGACGGUGCGCCUGUCAAGCUUGCUGUUUCCCUUGCCCCUGUCCCGAAGGACGCUGGCCCCGAGAAGAAGGCAGCAGUAUUCACCCAGGAAGAGGAAGAGGAGGAUGCGAUUCGGAAACGGAAGAUUCCCAUGCCCAAGUUGGAUCUCGCCGAAGGUGGGGAGAAGACGAAGGAAAGGUUGGAGAAGCUGCGGGGAGAGGUGCCACGGGACAAGGAGACACUCUUCAAGGGCAAGGUUCGGUGGGAUGGCGUAUCCGACACUAUGAUCGACCGCAAGCUGGAGCCACUCAUCAAGCAUCAAAUGACGAAGUACCUCGGCGAGCUAGAAGACGACGACCUCAUCAUGUUCGUCCUCGAGCACCUGAAGGACCACAAGAGUCCGCAGAAGAUGAUCGAGGGUCUCGAGCCGGUCCUCGAAGAAGAGGCAUCAGAGUUCGUCAUCAGCAUUUGGCGCCAGAUCAUUUUCGAGAGCAUGGCGUACGGCGAAGGUAUCCACACCGAGAAGAUGAUGGUCGACGAAGACUGA